AUGGCAGGACGGGGAGGAAGAGGAUGUGCGGGAACGGCUGCCCGGCCCAGCCUCAGAGCCUCACCUGGCAUCCAUUGUCCCAAGACCAUGCGCAGGGUCAAGAAGCCUUCUCCACCCUCCGGCACGCCUCCAUCAAAACAACCGUUCUCUCAUCCAUAUCAACCGGUCACAUGGUUAUGUGAUAGACUCAAGUGCUUCCAACUCUCCAAUGAUGGCCCAACUCCCAACCCGCAUUCUGCCUUCAAGGAAAUCAACUAUAUCCCUACUUCCACACCUGCUAAAACCAGCUGA